GUUGAGGCAGGUUUUUCUGAGAUGGAGCAAUCUUAUCAGAUUUUUACCAAAACGAGAUUUAAGAAAGGUGACCAGGUAUUUAUAAACUAUGGCCCUCACAGCAACAGAAAACUCCUUGCAGAGUAUGGUUUUAUUCUGCCUUAUAAUUGCCACAAUUCUGUCAAAAUUGAUCCCAAACUUGUUUACGAGGUUGUAUCUAAACAUUAUGGGCACAUAUCUAAGAGAAAACAUGAUAUUAUCAGAAAAUAUAACCUGGAAGAUACAUAUUAUUGUUCACCAAAUGGUUUGUCAUGGAGCUUAGAGACAGCAUUGAAAAUACUAAGUUCAAAUGAAACGAUCAUUCAGCAAAAAUCUUUGCAUAUUGAUUCUUUACAAUUGUCAACUGAAAACGAAAAUUUAGUUCGGGUAUUUUCAAAGGAAAUUUUGAAGUUCAUUUUGGUUGGGUAUCGUAAGGAUGUUGCAAGGAUUUGGUCAAGUCCUGAUGACAGAGAUGAUUGUUUAUCAGAGAGAAUGGGACAAUUGAUAGCAUUGUUAAAGCAAGAAAUGAAUAUUAUUCAAAAUGCUUUAGUCUCAUUGGAAGAAUAA